CGAUACUGCUAUCGAGACUUGGGGCUAUGAUGUAACGUAUUGAUAAAGUAUUGUCUUUUUACUUGCGAAGGUUUUAUUGCACGUAGUUAUAGUAACGACCGUAUCUAUCAUCAACUAAUGUUACAGUAGUUUGGAGCUAACUUAACCCUCACCGUAUUCCACCACGACGGUGCAGCCUCUCGCUCUGCUGCCGCUGUGUGUGUGUGUUUGUUUUUACUUUUGUUCUUUAAAAAUUACUCAAACCGAUUAAUUGAUUAUCAAAAAAGAUAAAUUGUGCAGCCCUAGUGAAGAUUUUUUUAGAAACGCCUUUAAUGUAGUGCUUCAUCAGGCUUAUAAAAAGAUAUAACAAGCCACGGCUGAAAUAAGACCUUAGAAGGAGUAAUCAGUACAAACAUCAGUCCAUCUCUACAUGAGAAAACUGAAAGCACUCUGGAGCAGUGGGGGAAAAAUUAAUUUCUAAAACUAUAAAUGCAGAAAACGAGUAAAGAGUAAAAAAAAGAGUUGAUAAAGGAAAAGAAUAAAUCAAAAUACUAGAUGUUAUUUGUUGUGGAAAAUUGCAGUUUUCCAGGCGAGGGAUUGCGCAAAUAACGUUUGAGUUACAACCAACCGUUGUCUUUGAACAAUUUAUUAAUAAAAGAGAAUAAACAGAGAAGUACUACAACACAAAUCAGCUGGACCAGAGGUUCUGUCUCCUAAGACAGUCACUAACGUCUGGCCCAGGGCAAAGGGAUGCAUAAUCAUUUACACAAUCUAGGUUUCUAUGUUUUGGGGAACAAAGAUUGUCUCGGACUGGAACCGGUCAAGGUGAGGAGAGGAACAGCUAGUGACGAAAACAAUAAUAAAACAUUACAUUUAUGACCUAAACCCUACACAUGUUGACAGACUAGGAUAAUGAGUAUAAUAAUAAAAGGAAAAGGUUGAAGAUUAAAACUAUAUAUAAGACAUAAUAACAAUAAUUGAAAAGUAGUACUAUUGUAACUUUACCAACAAUGCUGGCUACUAAUGCAAGCACAGAAGAUAAGUCAUCAAUUAAGGAACCCCGCUUAAAAAAAUAACAAAGUAGUCAGGGUUGUCUGGCAAGAAAGUUGAACCUGGCUCAAACUUUAACAAAACGCUGUGUAUUGUCAUCCAGUAAGGCACUGCAUUGGCCAAUCAAUACAUGCAAUUACAUCAUUACAUUAGUUAUUUAGCUGAUGCUUUUAUCCAAAGCGACUUAUAAGAAUGGGUACAUUUACCCAUGAGGAUGCAACCCAAGAAUUGCUAGAAUCACUCAAGUACAUCAACUUCAGAAAAUACGGAGGAUAAUUGAAUUACUUGAGUUGUAAAAUCCCGUCUCAUAGUAUCAGACCGUGCAGUGCAGUGUUGUGGUGCCCAAUAAGUCUUCAGACUCAUGCACUUGUUACUCAAACUGGACUUUCUGGAUCAUAUUUCACUGUCUCUCACCCAUGCCAGAAGCAACAUUCCAACACAGUCCCUGUGGCUGUUUUAGGGACAUAAAGUACAAACGCUGAUGAAACAAGAAUGUCCUUAAAGAUACAAGAAACUCAAGAUUAAUUAAUAGGUGUUUAGUAAUGGGUGUUGUCUCUCCAUGAGCUCAUAAGUAAUGUCAACAAUUGCUGUAAGUCCCAUCUGUUGUUUCUUUACCUACAUUUCUUUACCUUUAUUUCCUCAAGGUGGAAGUUUGGGACAGUUUUGUGAAGUGUUAAAUGGCUGUUAUGCUACAAAAGGUUAUUUGUGUGCUGAGUGAAUAUCAACUGAAACUGACACAAACAGGUUGAGCUGGAUCAUUCUUUUUGGUGUGUGUAUCCUGUGUAUUCCUACAUCUACUAAAACUGAUUUUAGAUGGUGUACAUGCUAGACAUUAAGUUGUGAAUCUCACUGUAAAAAAGAAAUUUAGUCUGUGCAGAUUCUUCUGAAGAAUAUUAUUUCUGAUUUCUCAUUUCUGAAGAUGAAGCAGUCAGAGAAAAUGUUAUAGUGAUUCAUAAAACGAUCAACAGUGCAGUAUGUCUUGCAGGAACGCCACGUGUUCUUUCUUCCCUCCACCCAGCCAACCACAACGUUCACUCGAAAUCAACCCAACCCCAUCUCUCUCAGCCCCUCCCCCAGCUAAAUGUCUGUGUCACACUGCCUCUCAUUCUUCCUUUCUCUUCUCCUCCACUGCCUGCUGGCUCGCGCAUGUCCUAUUGCUUAAUGCGGCUGGGCUAAAGAGCAAUCAGAAGAUAGCUGUAUUGAAAAUAGAGCAGGUUGAUUUUUAGCUCGAGAGUCCACGGAGUCGUGGGAUGGAAAAGCGUCCGGGUUCUUUGUGCAUAAACCCCCAUCAUCUGAAUAUUUGGAAGGCCCAAGAGUUAUACUAUCUGAGAAUGCAAAGGAGCAGAGAAAAGAUGGAGAGAAAAAGGAUGGAAGAACAGAAUCCGUGUGAGAAAAGGUUGAGGGUGUGUGUGGCGACAUGCAACAGAGCGGACUACUCAAAGCUGGCCCCCAUUAUGUUCGGGAUCAAAUCCCACCCUGAUGAGUUUGACCUGGAAGUCGUGGUGCUUGGGUCACAUCUCAUUGAUGACUACGGGAACACUUUUCGUAUGAUCGAGCAAGAUGACUUCGACAUCGGCUCCAAGCUCCACACCAUUGUGAGAGGAGAGGAUGAGGCAGCCAUGGUGGAGAGCGUUGGUCUGGCACUUGUGAAACUCCCUGACGUCCUACAGAGGCUUCGCCCUGACAUCCUGGUAGUCCAUGGUGACCGUUUUGACGCGCUGGCUCUAGCAACUGCUGCAGCACUGAUGAACAUUAGAAUACUUCACCUGGAGGGAGGAGAGGUGAGUGGUACGAUUGAUGACUCGAUUCGCCAUGCCAUCAGUAAACUGGCCCACUACCAUGCCUGCUGCACACGCAUGGCGGAGCAGCACCUCAUCGCCAUGUGUGAGGACCACUCUCGCAUCCUGCUGGCUGGCUGCCCUUCAUAUGAUAAGCUGCUGUCAACUAAUCACAGAGAUGACUACAUGGAUAUUAUCAAGAGCUGGCUGGGUGACAAGGUGAAGGACGGUGACUACAUAGUGGCUUUGCAGCACCCAGUUACCACUGACAUCCAGCAGUCCAUUAAGAUCUAUGGGCUGAUGCUGGAUGCCCUGCUCUCCUUCAACAAAAAGACCCUCAUCCUCUUCCCUAACAUAGAUGCCGGAAGUAAGGAGAUGGUGCGCGUGAUGCGAAGGAAGGGCAUCGAGCAGCACCCCAACUUCCAGGCAAUGAAGCACAUUCCCUUUGAGCAGUUCAUCCAGCUGGUGUCCCACGCCGGCUGCAUGAUCGGAAACAGCAGCUGUGGGGUACGAGAGGCUGGGGCCUUCGGCACACCUGUCAUUAACCUGGGAACAAGGCAAACUGGCAGAGAAACGGGUGAAAAUGUUCUACAUGUCAGAGAUGCCGACACUCAGAGUAAGAUCUACCGCGCUCUGGAGCUGCAGUUUGGAAAGAGAUACCCCUGCUCUAAGAUAUAUGGCGAUGGUUACGCAGUGCCUCGUAUUCUCAAGUUUUUACGUACCAUUGACCUGAAUGAGCCCCUCCAGAAGACUUUCUGUUUCCCCCCGGUGAAAGACUCAAUCUCCCAGGACAUUGAUCACAUCCUGGAGAGACAGAGCGCUCUGGCUGUUGACCUGGGAGGGACCAACCUCAGAGUGGCUAUCAUCUGCAUGAGGGGUGACAUAGUAAAGAAGUAUACUCAGCCCAAUCCAAAGGCGUUCGAUGCCAGGAUGAAGCUCUUAUUAGAAAUGUGUGCAGAUGCCAUGCGGGACGCCGUCGACCACAACUGUAGAAUACUUGGCGUUGGAGUGUCCACGGGUGGGCGCGUAAACCCACAAGAAGGCGUGGUCCUACACUCCACAAAGCUGAUCCAGGACUGGUCCUCAGUGGACUUGAGAACACCCAUCUCCGACGCCCUGCACCUUCCCGUCUGGGUCGACAAUGAUGGCAACUGUGCUGCGUUGGCUGAGAAAAAGUUUGGUCACGGCAAGGGAGUGGAGAACUUUGUCACUGUCAUCACAGGAACAGGUAUUGGAGGAGGGAUUAUCCAUCACAGUGAGCUGGUCCACGGCAGUACCUUCUGCGCUGCAGAGCUGGGUCACAUCAUGGUUUCAUUAGAAGGCCCAGAGUGUUCGUGUGGCAGCAGAGGAUGCAUAGAGGCCUACGCAUCCGGCAUGGCCCUGCAGAGAGAGGCCAAAAGGCUGCACGAUGAGGAGCUACUGAAGGUGGAAGGGAUGGACAUAAAGUUUGAGGAGCCAAUCACUGCUGCCCACCUCAUUGACGCAGCCAGACUGGGGAACUCCAAAGCAGACGCUGUCCUGAACAAGGCUUCCACAGCGCUAGGUGUGGGCAUCAUUAACAUCCUCCACAUAGUGAACCCCUCACUGGUGAUUCUGUCUGGAGUGUUGGCCUCUUACUACGAAGCCCCAGUGCAGCACAUCAUCUCACAGAGAGCCCUCGUCUCUGCCCGGAAAACAGAAGUUGUCUCAUCAAAGUUGGAGGAACCUGCUUUACUUGGAGCAGCUAGCAUGGUGUUAGACUAUGCAACCAGAAGGAUCUACUGAAGAAUAUAGUCCCGAUUAAUUGAGGACUGCUACCAACAGGCGGACUGCAAAACUGAAAGUAGUAGCUGUGCUGCCCGGAUAGAUAAAUAAGCAUAUUAUGUAGGAGAAACAUUUUUAAGGCUAGCCUGAAAAACAACGCGCUCAGACCGUCAUUUCAGUGUUAAAUAUUGUGUGUGUAUAUAAUUUCUUUUCGCUAUUCUUUUCUUUUUCUUGUUGACCUUAGUGAAUCGUGCCUUCACCAGGCCAAAUGUUGGCCAGUUUCCAACCUGGAUACAUCAUGUUGCAAGUGGGUCCAUUGCACGGGCCAGAAAUCCUACCACUUCUAUGUAGUCAUGUUUUAUUAAGUCCCAGAGCUUAUUUGAUCAAGUGAGCAUCAACUCUUGAGUAAACUGCAAAUACAUUGUAGAAGUCACUCAGUCUACUUGUAAUGUGAUGUGGGUCGAUGGAAAAGUCUUCAGAUGUGACCAAAUUAUUGCUGAAACAUUCUCCUGUUGCCUACUCUCAAUUCUCCCUAAUAUCUUACGGCCUCACUUUUUCUGUAAAUCUUGUAUCGAGUUUUCAGUCUAAAUCUUUAUCUAUUUUGGGAUAAGGCUAUCUGUCAAGUUAAUGUUACAGUUCCACAUUUUGUUAUAAAUUUAAUUAUUUAAGGUCUUAAUGAAGUGUUUUAAUAUGAUGCUUAUUGUAUGGUGGUCUGGAAAGCUUUAUGGGUGAUAAACGGUUAAUAAAUGUCGAAAUACUAAACUGGCUUGUAUUAAUGAAAUGUUAAAGCAGGCACUGCUUUAGCUUAAUGGCUGUUAACAGUGAAUUUGCCUGAAUCAGGUGAAGUUUUUUUACAUGUCAUUGCCACAGACCUUAUGACUGUUUGGACCGAGUUUUGAAGUUUUCUUCAUGCCUUCCAAAGACCUAUUGUAUCUCAAAUAUGUUUACAUGGUUUGUAUGUACUAUUAAAUACAGGAUUGUACAUUACAUGCUAAAUGAAAUGUUUGGAAGAA